GCGGAGGAGGAGACUAAAAAACCAGAAAACAACCAGCAAACCAGCUGGCCAGAGCUGAGCGGAGAAGCUCCAGAGCCUUUUAAAGAGACUCUCGUCACAUGACACCCCCCAACCCCGACCCCCCCCAGCCGGCGCGCCUCCGCCCUCGGGUGGCGGGGCCGCCUGGCGUCACUUCCGUCCAGACCGGAACCCAAGAUGGCUGCGCUGUUGCUGAGACACGUUGGUCGUCAUUGCCUCCGAGCCCACUUUAGCCCUCAGCUCUGUAUCAGAAAUGCUGUUCCUUUGGGAACCACGGCCAAAGAAGAGAUGGAGCGGUUCUGGAAUAAGAAUAUAGGUUCAAACCGUCCUCUGUCUCCCCACAUCACUAUCUACAGUUGGUCUCUUCCCAUGGCGAUGUCCAUCUGCCACCGUGGCACUGGUAUUGCUUUGAGUGCAGGGGUCUCUCUUUUUGGCAUGUCGGCCCUGUUACUCCCUGGGAACUUUGAGUCUUAUUUGGAACUCGUGAAGUCCCUGUGUCUGGGGCCAGCACUGAUCCACACAGCUAAGUUUGCACUCGUCUUCCCUCUCAUGUAUCAUACCUGGAAUGGGAUCCGACACUUGAUGUGGGACCUAGGAAAAGGCCUGAAGAUUCCCCAGCUAUACCAGUCUGGAGUGGUUGUCCUGGUUCUUACUGUGUUGUCCUCUGUGGGGCUGGCAGCCAUGUGAAGAAAGGAGGCUCCCAGCAUCAUCUUCCUACACAUUAUUACAUUCACCCAUCUUUCUGUUUGUCAUUCUUAUCUCCAGCCUGGGAAAAGUUCUCCUUAUUUGUUUAGAUCCUUUUGUAUUUUCAGAUCUCCUUGGAGCAGUAGAGUACCUGGUAGACCAUAAUAGUGGAAAAGGGUCUAGUUUUCCCCUUGUUUCUAAAGAUGAGGUGGCUGCAAAAACUCCCCUUUUUUGCCCACAGCUUGCCUACUCUCGGCCUAGAAGCAGUUAUUCUCUCUCCAUAUUGGGCUUUGAUUUGUGCUGAGGGUCAGCUUUUGGCUCCUUCUUCCUGAGACAGUGGAAACAAUGCCAGCUCUGUGGCUUCUGCCCUGGGGACGGGCCGGGUUGGGGGUGGGUUGGUGAGGCUUUGGGUGCCACUGCCUGUGGGUUGCUGGCUUAAAGGACAAUUCUCUUCAUUGGUGAGAGCCCAGGCCAUUAACACCUACACAGUGUUAUUGAAAGAAGAGAGGUGGGGGUGGAGGGGAAUUAGUCUGUCCCAGCUAGAGGGAGAUAAAGAGGGCUAGUUAGUUCUUGGAGCAGCUGCUUUUGAGGAGAAAAUAUAUAGCUUUGGACACGAGGAAGAUCCAGAAAAUUAUCAUUGAACAUAUUAAUGGUUAUUUCUUUUUCUUGGAUUUCCAGAAAAGCCUCUUAAUUUUAUGCUUUCUCAUCGAAGUAAUGUACCCUUUUUUUCUGAAACUGAAUUAAAUACUCAUUUUAUCUUUGA